GGACACCUCGUCGGCGCCGCCCAGCUCUGCAGCCGGCCGGCCGCCUGUCCGCGAGGGGCGGGUGUCCGGGACGCGCGCGCGAUGGGUCGCGUUUGUUCCAGGCGCGGGCGCGCGCCGCGCCCUGGGGCUGUUUCCCCGGCACUUUCCUGUUACUUUCCAGCGGGGAGGACAGUUCCGGGGAGGGCCCUGCCCACGCCCGGUGCAUAAAGGCCCAGCCCAAGAGGCCGCCACCACCCGCAGCCAGCCCAGACGCCAGCCGUUCCGCGCCACCAUGAGAGGCGCCCACCGCCUCCUCCUGCUCCUGAUGUGCAUCCCACUGAGCCUGUCAGAAACCCAAACCCAGAAGACUGAAGUCUGUCCCCGCUGGGGGUGCCCUAAGAACUCAGAUUGUGUGGAUAAAAGAAGCUGUCGGUGCAAGCCAGGCUUCAUCUCAAGUGGCAGAAAUGAUAACGGGCUCAUCACGAAUCUCCUACAGUCCUGUGAAGACGUCAACGAGUGUUUACUACCUGGUAUGUCAACGAUUUGUGGCUCCUUCGCCACGUGUCAGAACUCAGAGGGGAGCUACCACUGCACAUGCAACCUGGGAUAUAAGCUCCGUUCUGGGGAGACAUCUUUUGCUAACAAGAAUGAGAACACCUGCGAAGUGUCUGUCCUCUUCCCAGCAUCAGUGGACACUGGGGUGACGCCCGCGCCCUCUGGGAGCCACACAGUUACUGCUGCGCCUGGAAGUCUCCCUAAGCAGCCAGCUACAGUACACCCACGGACACAGCCUGGAGACCCAGGAGAAAAGACACCCCAGCCAGCUACAGUACACCCAUGGACACAGCCUGGAGACCCAGGAGAAAAGACACCACAGCCAGCUACAGUACACCCACGGACACAGCCUGGAGACCCAGGAGAAAAGACACCCCAGCCAGCUACAGUACACCCACGGACACAGCCUGGAGACCCAGGAGAAAAGACACCCAAGGAUGUAAAUGAAUGUGCUUCCGGGCAAAACCGUUGCCACCCAUCUACCCAUUGCAUCAACAAGUUGGGCAACUAUUCUUGCAACUGUCGUCACGGCUGGAAACCUGUUCUUGGAUCCCCCAAUGGCCCAAUCAACACAGUGUGUGAAGAUAUCGAUGAGUGCAGCACCGGGCAGCAUCAGUGCCACAACUCCACCGUCUGCAGUAACACCCAAGGCUCCUACAAGUGCCGCUGCCACCCAGGUUGGAAGCUAAUCUCUAGGUUGCUCAGUGACCCAAAGAGCAUCAGGUGCCAAGAACCAUUCCCUGCCUGGACACUGCUGCCCACAGCCCAGAGCCGGAGUCUCUCUCACUUCUCUGUUGAAGUCCAGAAUCUGCUCAGGGACUUCGAUCCAGCCACAGCCAACUACACCAUCCAGAAACUCAUUGAAGCCAUGGACAAGCUGCUGGAAGCACCCACAGAUAUAGAUACUCUAAACGCCACUGACCGCCACCUACUGGCUACCCUGUUGCUCAAGUAUAUGGAACAAAGCCUUCGAAUGUUGGCCCAGUUCUUACCCAAAGGUCCCUUCACCUACACGUCCCCUUCAAACACUGAACUGUCCCUGAUGAUCAAGGAACAAGACAACAAAGAUAUCACCACAGUAUACCAAAGCCAAGCUUGGAUGAAACUGGACUGGGCUUUGACAGCUGGAGCUGAACGCUCAGAAAAUGGCUACUCCUUGGCAGGCAUCCUGUCCAGUCCAAACAUGCAGAAGCUGCUGGCCAAUGCCUCCAUGGACCUGACCCAGAGUCGGGAUCUACUGGAGGAGCUCUACGAAAGCCCAGUUCUCAAUGUGUCGCUCACGCUCCUCUCCAACGUCAGCUCCAUUUUCCUGACCAACACGGACACUGGGAAGCUCACCUCGAACGUCACCUUCAAAUUCUCCCAUUCUUCCGUGGAGUCAAAGCGGCCCCGUGAACAGCUGAUAUGUGCCUUUUGGGACACUGGUGACGAUGGGAGUGGGCGCUGGGCCACUGACGGCUGCUCACUGAAUGACACUGGUUUCUGCCAGUGCAACCAUCUGAGCAGCUUCGCCAUCCUAAUGGCCCAGUACCAUGUGCAGGACCCGAGACUGGAGUUGAUCACCAAGGUGGGGCUGUCCCUCUCCCUCAUCUGCCUGCUGCUGUGUAUCCUGACCUUCCUGCUGGUGAAGCCCAUCCAGAGCUCCCGGACCAUGGUGCACCUGCACCUGUGCAUCUGCCUUUUCCUGGGCUCUCUCAUAUUCCUGGUUGGCGUCGAGAAUGAAGGGGGUGAGGUGAGCCCACGCUGCCGCCUGGUGGCAAUGCUGCUGCACUACCUCUUCCUGGCGGCCUUCUGCUGGAUGGCCCUGGAAGGCGUGGAGCUCUACUUCCUUGUGGUGCGCGUGUUCCAAGGCCAAGGCCUGAGCGUACAGUGGCGCUGCCUGAUAGGCUAUGGGGUGCCCCUCCUCAUCGUGGCCAUCUCAGCGGCUGCCAAAUUGGAUGGCUAUGGACAGCAAACAUACUGCUGGUUAAACUAUAAGGACGGCUUUCUCUGGAGCUUUGUGGGACCCCUGGCCUUCAUCAUUUUUUGUAACUCCGCCAUUUUCCUCAUCACUGUCUGGAAGCUCACAGCAAAGUUUUCUGAAAUCAACCCAAACAUGAAGAAAUUAAGGAAGGCAAGGGUGCUGACCAUCACAGCCAUUGCCCAACUCAUCGUGCUGGGCAGCACCUGGGUCUUCGGCCUGUUCCUCUUCGACCCCCACAGCAGAUGGCUGUCCUACAUCUUCACCCUGCUCAACUGCCUACAAGGCCUCUUCCUCUUCUUGAUGCUUUGCCUGCUCAACAAGAAGGUGAGGGAAGAGUACCGAAAGUGGGCCUGCAUGCUUGCUGGCAACAAGUACUCGGAGUUCAGCUCUUCCACAGCGGGAACUGGCACCAGCCAGAGUCAAACACGGUCUCUCAGGGCCUCAGAAUCAGGGAUGUGAAGGCAAGUUCCAGUCAGGUCACCAGCACAUGCUCAAAGCUGUCACUCUCCUGCCUUCUGUUGCCGCCAUCUUCCCAGCUUUGGCCCCAUUUCUGAUAAAGAAGGGAUGUACACCGGGCAGCGAGUGGGAACGGGGCCACGAGUCCUGCUUCUGGUUGCUUCUUUGCCCCAUCACAGCUACCGCCUACCACAGAAACAGAAGCCAGCCAGCACAGACCUGCAGCCCACUGCCGUGGUACACGAAGCAGGCAGUCUUGGGGAUAGAGUGCAGGUCCCUUGGCCUGGGCUCUUUGCAACUGUCUUUGGCACGUUAAGAGGCCAGGGUGCUGGGUUCAAUUUCCUUAAGCUAAGACUGAUGCCAUGUCAGCCAUCAGUGAUCCUGCCUGCUGCCGAGGCUCACGGUACAGAGGCCCAGCUGUCCCUCAUCCAGGGCAGAAGGGUCUCAUUGUUAUAAAGGUUAUGUUUUGUAACAUUUUUAAACCUGUAAACCUCUCAAUGUUGAUACAUAAAAUUAAAUAUCCUGAUGCAAAAAGGUG